GCCGCCCGGCCCCGGGGAACGGCGGGACCGGGCACCCCCAGUCCCCGGGGCCGCAGCGGCUGGGGGGGUCGGGGGAGCUGCUUGGGCCGGAUCGGGCCCCGCGGCGGGCGGGGCUUCCCGUGCCGCAGCCGCGGAGCGCGGGGGGGGCCCAGCCCCGAGCCUGAGAUCACAGCGCAGACCAGUUCCCAGCACCACCAAGCCAAACUGGAUUUCAACCGGUGAUCUGUCAGCUGCAGGUGCAAAGAGCAGCUGGGAGGGGGCACAGAGAGGACAGCACCCGGAUUGACAUCCAGGCUGCUCUUUCGGACCUGACCGGUGGUUUCUCCUGUGUCGGAGGAGCAGCGAGUCCUGCGUGGGUGUGUGCCCCCCCGCCAGCAUGACGAGCGAGGUGGUGGAGAACGAGUUCGAGUUUUACUCCAAGGCAGAGAAGUACUGGAAGGACGUACCCGCCACAGUGGACGGCAUGCUGGGGGGCUACGGCCACAUCUCCAGCAUCGACAUCAACAGCUCCAGGAAGUUCCUGCAGAGGUUUCUGCGGGAUGGUCCCAACCGGACGGGGACAACCCGUGCUCUGGACUGCGGGGCGGGCAUUGGCCGGAUCACCAAGCGGCUGCUGCUGCCUCUUUUCAAGACAGUAGACAUGGUGGAUGUGACACAGGACUUCCUCACCAAGGCCAAGAGCUACCUGGGGGAGGAGGGCAGGCGGGUGCGCAACUACUUUUGCUGUGGCCUCCAGGACUUCAGCCCCGAGCCAAAUUCCUACGAUGUCAUCUGGAUCCAGUGGGUCAUUGGCCACCUCACCGACAACCACCUCUCCGACUUCCUGAAGCGGUGCCGGGCCGGCCUGCGGCCCAAUGGGAUCGUGGUCAUCAAGGACAACAUGGCUCAGGAGGGCGUGAUCAUGGACGAUGUGGACAGCAGCGUCUGCCGGGACCUGGACGUGGUCCGUAAGAUCAUCCGCCGGGCUGGGCUGCACCUCCUGGCCGAGGAGCGCCAGGAGAACUUUCCUGAUGAGAUCUACCACGUCUACACCUUUGCCAUGAGAUGAGGAUGGCUGGCGGUGGAAGGUCUCUCCAGGGCCAGCACGGUGGUUCCUGCCAAGGCUGGGAGGGGUGAGGACUCCCCCUUCACCACGGGGUCGUGGACGGUGGCGAAGGUGUUGUGACUCCCUCUUUCCAGGGCUGGUGGUGUGGACGAGGCUUUGUCUUCCGAGUUGCUGCUGUUUCUGAAGAGAGGUGUUUGCCAAAUACAUUUUCCUGCUGUUGUACUUCCA